ACAGCGCAUGCUCAGCGCAUACAGUACGAUGUUGACAUACAUCAGUAGAUGUAAAGACAGAUGUGUGAUGUAAUGAUGAGUGGUGACCGAGUCUAGUUCAAAUGGUACUGGUUUACUUUUUGUUCUCUGGUCAACAAUAAUGGCUAUAUCAUUGAAAAAUGGCAAACUCUAUUGAAAAAGAUAUGCCUAUCGUAUUUAUUGACGACGACGACGUCAAGCAAUGUUUUACACCCCGAAGAACAGGAUUAAGAUCUGCUAGGAAAGAACUGAAAUCUUUGGAAUUGGUUGAUGAUCGUGCUUCUCUCUACUAUGAAACAGUUGCAUUGGACAGUAGUUCAGAUGAUGAAAUUGAAUUCAUGCAUGUAUCAGGCAAAGCCGUCCUAAGUUGUACACCAAUAUCUAGUCACAAUGUUUUCAGUUUUCAGAAAACAAAACGAAAAACUGCUCUGGCAACUGCAGCAUCUGCAGCACAACAUACCAAAACUCCUAAAACAAGAAUCAGAGGAGAAAAUACUCGUAAAAGCAAUGGUUCCUCUGAUGAAAGUUCUGAUUUGGAAUCUGAUAAUCAUGAUGAAAUGGAAGAAUUGAGGAAAAACGUUGCCACAACAAUGAACAAUAGGAGCGAUAAAAAAAAUAAUAUGGAAGGAAUGCUAGAUGAAUACUUUCUUGCACACGACGAAAGGGAUUGUUUAACGUCAGACAGAACCCUCUCAAGUCUUCCUACUCCAAGAAUGGAUCGAGAGACGCUGUCCUCUGUACUGAAAUCCAGAAUCGGAGAUCAUCAAAAUGAGCGAUUAAGAUUGUUCAAUGAAUAUAAAACGUACUUUCCAAAAUGGAUGUUUCAACUACGAAACGGUUUCAAUUUGCUACUUUAGGGCCUUGGAUCCAAACGAACCGUCAUUUAUCAGUUUCAAGAAAAAAUGCUCUCACAACGUAUGCAAAUGGUUGUCAAUGGAUUUUUCCCGAGCGUCACUAUAAAAAAUAUUCUCAAUACCAUCACGAAUGAUGUUCUUGAACUCGAUGAAACGUUCAAAAAUCUUGUUGAACAUUGUGCAUUUAUCACUGAUUACUUUGAACAAAAUAAGGAUGAAGAAUUAUAUUUGACCAUUCACAAUAUUGAUGGGACAAUGUUGAGAUCAAGUUCGACUCAAACGAUUAUCAGCCUACUUGCACAAUGCUCGUCUAUUUUUGUUAUAGCGUCUAUAGAUCAUAUACAUGCACCUCUUAUUUGGGAUCAAUCCCAAAUGGGCCGUUUUAACUGGUUGUGGUAUGAUGUUACAACGUUUGAGCCUUAUACUGAAGAAACUUCUUAUGAAAAUUCUUUGUUGGUUCAACAAUCUGGAUCAAUGGGCCUUAGCUCAUUAAUUCACGUAUUUCAAAGUUUAACCGCGAAUGCGAAAGGUAUAUUCCUGCUCAUUGGAAAUUAUCAAUUGGAACGUUCAAACGAAGUAAAUUAUGUUGGAAUGUCGUUUUCCGAUUGUUACACAAAGUGUCGCGAGGCUUUUCUUGUAAAUAGCGAUGCAGCACUUCGAGCUCAAUUAACAGAAUUUAAGGAUCACAAGUUGAUGCGGUUAAAAAAGGGAACUGAUGGCGUGGAAUAUCUUCUUAUUUUGUUGGACGUUAUAAUUUUAAAGAAAUUUAUUGAAGAACACAAAGAUCUUGUUUGAAUGUAUAGCGGAUUGUAUAGUGAAUGUAUAUUGAAUGUAUAGUUUUUUUGUUGUGAAUUAACUGAGUUUCGCAAGAUGAAAAAAAUGUACCUUCAUACAUAACUUGGUUUGCUCACACUUUCCAACUUUGUCAUUCAUCAAAAGUGAUCUGUUAUUCUGCACUGUACGCAAGCUGUACUUAUAAUAACAUAUGCAAUUGUAAAAUAAAAAAACUGAACCUA